GUUUGAGCCAACUGGUAUUCGUUUUCCAUUUGCUUUACAAAUAGAAGAAAAAAGAUUAAGAACAAAAACAGCAGCCUGAAGUCAAGCGCCAAAUUCAUCAACAAAGGCAGAGAUGGCUUAUAGCUGGAAACCGCAGAAAUAUGCGAGACUGAAUCUGCCAGUGGUAUCUGCUACUUAUGGCGUAGAUUUUGCCAGUGACAUUGAAUAUGUGGAGGUCAAAAAUGAAGUUAAACAAAAGAGCUUCGAAUAUGGACUUAGCAAAAAUAAUCAAGAUAUAUCACACUUGAAAGAAGGAUAUUAUUAUAAGGAAAAGAAAUAUGUGAAACUGGAUCUUUCAAAUCCAUCUUAUACCAUGGCUUUUGCCAGUGACCAUGUAAAGGAUGUGAAGGUCAAGGAUGAAGUUAAAGAAAAGAUCUCAGACCAUGGACUUGAAAACCCCCCACCGGAUAUGCUACACUUUGAAGAAGGGGAUUGUCGCAAGAGAUAUACGAAACCGACUCUUCCAAUUAUAUAUAUUCCAACCCCUACUUAUGCCGUGGAUUUCGCCAGUGACCAUGAAUGUCAUGUAAAGGUGAAAGAUGAAGUUAAACAUGGACUGGAUUUACUACAAAAGGAAAAGAAACUGAACAUGCAGCAAUAUAAUGAUCAUCCCAAGGCACCAGUAGAGGAGGGUCUGCCUCUGGACACGUAUGAUCCCAAAGAACUGCUGCGACCUUUGUACAACAGUUACAUGAAAUCGACGGUCGUCUGCAAAAUUAAGAAUGUACAAACAUUUGAAGAGUGGUAUACCAGUCUUUCAUCUGCCACACUUCUUAAAAAGGAAAAAAAGUCAAAUGUCAAUACCCUGAAGGAAAGGAAGCCCAAGCACAGAUGGACAGCAAGCUGAGAAACAGUAUGUUAGCUGCUUUAUCCUGUAAAAAGCUUGGAGGAGUUGUUAGUUAGAUUUCUAUUUGAAAUUUGCUUUACGAUGUGU